AUAUUAGAUGCCGUUGAUAUAGUGGAUAUCUGUCAUGCUCACGGUUACAAAGUUCACGAACAUGUUGUGCAAACUAAAGAUGGGUAUUUAUUAGCUAUUCAUAGAAUAUUGGCCAAAAGUAGCGAUAUCCACAAGGAGGGAAGACCAGUUGUUUACUUCCAUCAUGGGUUGUUGACUAAUAGUGAGUUGUUUGUGUUGGGUGAAACUCCUGCUAAAUGUUUACCUUAUCUAUUACUUGAGAAAGGUUAUGAUGUUUGGUUAGGUAAUAAUAGAGGUAACAAGUAUUCAAGAAAGCAUUUAAGUCUAUCAUCAUCCUCUGAGAAAUUUUGGGAUUAUUCAUUAGAUGAAUUUGCAUUAUAUGAUAUUCCUGAUACAAUUGACUAUAUCUUAUCAACGACCAAUAAUCUGCAAUUGACAUAUGUUGGUUUUAGUCAAGGUUCUGCCCAAGCGUUUGGUGCUCUAUCAUUAAACCCAAAAUUGAAUAAAAAGAUAAAACUAUUCAUUGGCUUAAGUCCUGCAAUGAUUCCAAAAGGUUUGAAUCAUCCUAUUGCAAGAUUAUUCGUUGAAACUGCACCACAAUUGGUGUUUUCUAUAUUUGGUAGAAGAGCUAUUUUACCGUCUGUUGUGUUUUGGCAAAAAUUGUUGGGAAGACUUUACUAUAAAACUGUUGUUGAUAAGUCAUUAGUGUUAUUGUUUGGUUGGACAAGCUCAAACAUUACCCAUAACCAAAAAGCUAUUGGAUAUCCUCAUUUAUUUUCACCAUCAAGUGUUAAAUCUGUUGUUCAUUGGUUUCAAAUUAUCAACAAUAAGAGAUUUCAAAUGUAUGAUGAAGGUUUAGUUUCACCAUUAACGAAAAUCACGUCAACGAAUUUAAAAGUUCAUAGAGUUGCACCUUUCCCAGUUCAAACCAUUUCAGCUCCAAUCUAUUUAAUUUAUGGUAAAAAUGAUAUGUUGAUAGAUAUAAACCCAACAAGAGCUGCAUUGACAAGUUGUAAAGAGAUUGAAGCAAUCGGAAUUGAUACAUAUGAACACAUGGAUGUUUUAUGGGCAAGAGAUGUUGAAGAAAAAGUGUUCAAACCUGUUAUUGACAAAAUUGAUAAA